AUGAAAAAGUGGUUGUAGAAAAAGUUAAAUUAAAAUGUUUAGGAAGAUUAAAAUAAGCAUAGACUAACUAGAAAAGAACGAUAUAUGAGGAAAUAUUUAAAUUCAGAAAAAUGUUACAAUUAUUGGGAGAUUAUGACAUCGAAUAAUUUAAUUUAAGUAAAUCUAAAUAGAGAAUCAUAAGGAUUUGUUAAAAAAGUUUAGGAAAUCUUUAAGAAUCCUGAAUAAAUGUUUGAUUUUGAAUUACAAUAAAAAUUAAUGGAAUUAUAUACUGUUUAAGAAGAAUAAACUCCAGUAUUAGCAAUAUUUGCAGUUGGAUUUCAUCAUAAAAGAGGAUCAGAAAUUGAAUAUUGUUAUCCAGAAUUAUCAUAAUUUACAAAUGAUAAAGAAAAUAUAAUCAAUACAGUGACAAUAUGUGCUUUACCAGAUGCUGUACAUAAUGCAAAUGAAGACUAUUUAUAUUUUAAUUUUGAUUCAUAAAUAAAUGGUCAAAUAAAACAAUUAUUUGGUGUAACAUGUUUUAAAUAGAUAAAAGUAACAGAAGAAUUGAAAAAAUAAAACCCAGAAUUAACUAGAGGACAUAUCUAAAAGGCUAUCUGUUUAUUAUCUUUUGUACCUCUUUUUGGAUAUAUUAAGAGUAGAUUAGAACCUACAAUAUAAGCUUAUUUUCAAUUAUAAGACUUUAAAGAUAUGUCAAUCUUAAAUUAUGCAUUUGACAGUAUUUUAUAAACUUUUGAUUUAAAGAAUGUUGAGAUUUCAGCCUUAUAUACAGAUACAAAUUUGAUUGGAAUAUUUUAGAUUUUUAAAGAUAAAAUAUUUAAAAUUCUUAAAGCCAUUUAAUUUUAAUUAAAAAUAAUUAUUUACUCAUAAUCUUCUAGUGUUUGUUCUAGAUUUAUUAUAAGCAUAUUAUCAUUAAUUCCAGGUUUAUUGAAUUUUAAUUUGUAAUCUAAAAAGUCAUUAUUAUAGGUAAUUAAAUUCAUUUAUGUUAAGGCAAGUUAUUUAAGUAAUUUUGGUUUACCAUUUAAAAUAUUUACAGAAUCUUAUCGAUUAUUUAUGCAUUUUAGUGUGACAGACAUUAAUAUAUUAUAGAACAACAAUAUUAAAGGUUAUUUAAUAGGGACUACAAAUAAAUUUAUUAAGGGUCUUAAUUCAUUAAAUCCUGAGAUAAUAAUUGAUAUUGAUACAGGAGAAUUAAAUAUUUUAAAAGAAUAACAUAAGAAAUUAUUAAAGUAAUAUAUUUGUAUAAUAAAGUCUUAAAUUAACUGAAAAAUAACUUUAUAGUGCUAUUAAUACAGAAUGUUUAAAAUAAUUGGAUUAAAAUUAAUAAGAUUAAUUAAAAAAGUUAAUACCUAUUUAAAAUCAGAAGAUUACAUUUUAAGGAAGUGAAGAUUGGAUUAGAAAAAUAAUUCAUGAUCAUUAAAUAAAAGUUUUAUCUGAAAUUAGUUAUUUUGUUAUGAAUUUAUAAACAUUUGAUGAAAGGAUAAAUAAGUUGACUGCAAUAAGAACUAGAAAGAGUAUGAUAAUUAAAUAAGAAAUAAGUCCAUAAGAUGUAAUAUUAGAAUCUAUAAUAAAAAGAGCUCUGAUGAUGAAGAAAAUGCAUCUUAAGACCCGUAAAAAUUAGAAAUAAAGAAACAUAAAGAAGAUUUAGUUGAAGAAUUAAAAAUUAAGGAAUAUCGUAAUUUACUCUAUGAUUUAAUGAGAGUGAUAAGAAAAAAUAAUAGAAAAGGUAUUAUUUAUUGGAUUACUAAAACUGAAAAUGGAUUAAAUUGGUUAAAAUCAUUUGAUUAUUCAAUAAUUACUAAUUCAGAAUGUUUUGAUAAGAGUUCAACAGUGCCAUUUUACAAAGUGUUUGAGAAUGCAGAUAUUUAUAUAGGAAAUAUGUAAUAUGGUGGAAUGAUUGAAUUAUUUUAAAAAAGGGUAUAUUUAGGUUAGAUUCAAGAUUUUAUUAAGAAUGGUUAAGGAAGAUAUGAAAAAUUAAUGGAUAAGAAAUUUUAAUAUAAGGGUUAAUUUAAAAGUAAUAAAUUUCAUGGGGAUGGUAUAUUAAUUGUUGUAAAUGAAUUUUAAUAUAAUGGUCAUUUUGAGUAAAUAUAUAAUUUUUAAUUCAGAUAUAAUUAAUUUAAUGGAUAUGGAAAUUUAUAAAAAGAUAAUUUAAUUUAUGAAGGAUGGUUUAAAAAUGGAUCUUAUAGUGGAACUGGAAAAUUAAUAUUACCAAAUAAAGAUGUUUAUGUUGGUUAAUUUUUAGAAGGGUUGUUUUAAGGAGAAGGUUAAUAUGUUUGGUCUAAUGGUGAUAUAUAUAAAGGAAUUUAUAAAGCAGGAAAAAGACAUGGAAUGGGAAUUUAUUAAAGUAAACAUAAAUUUUAAUUAUAUUUUUAGCUAAAUUAUAUACAUAUGAAGGAGAGUGGGUUGAAGAUUUAAAGGAUGGAUUUGGAGUUAUUACAUUAUUAGAUAAUAAUUGUAAAUACUAAGGAUAAUUUUAAAAAGAUGAGUUUUUAUUAAAUUAAGAUAUUAUUAUCAAAUUUCCAGAUGAUAGCAUAUAUAAAGGUAAAUAUGAUAAUUAUUAUAUAGGAUAGAUUCAAAAUUAUAAACCUCAUGGAAAAGGAUAUUUAUAAUUUAUUGAUGGAAAAAUUUAAGAUGGAAAUUUCAAAGAUGGAAAUUUUAUCAAUCAGGAACAAGCUGAAGAAUAAAACUAAAAUGAAUAAGUUUCUUAUCAUUAAGAAAAUUAAAAUAUAAAAAAUACCAUUUAAAUAGAUUCAUCAGAUUAAUAAGCUAUUUAACUAAAUUAAACUAUUGACUAAUAGAAAAAUUUAUUAUAAUAACUAGAUGAUAGUUCCAAUCAAUCAACAUGA